AUGUGCACAAGAGCUAAAGCUGGUGUUGUCAAUCCUAGACUUCAUCCUACUCUUCUUCAUGCUCAUUUUGAGCCCAAGUCAACAAAAAUUGCUCUUUCCAAUCCUACUUGGUUUGCAACAAUGAAGACUGAGCAUGAUGCUUUGAUGAAAAAUGGUACAUGGACUCUUACUAAAUUGGCUCCAUCUACGGCUCCAAUUGGAUGUACAUGGGUGUUUAGGGUGAAGGAAAACCCUGAUGGCACUAUCAACAAGUACAAAGCAAGACUUGUAGCAAAGGGAUUUCAUAAGAAACUUGGUAAUGAUUACAAUGAGACAUUCUCCUGUAAUCAAACCAAUAACUGUCAGAAUUCUAAGGCUACUAGAGCUUGGUUUGACAAACCUAAGGCUACUCUUCUUCAAUACAAUUUCAAGUCCAGCAGAUUUGAUACAUCAUUAUUCAUCUAA